GCCGUGUUGUGUCAUCAUCAUGGCUGACCCUCUUGUACGAAACUGACAGUCCCUGAUUUUUCGAAUGUUUUAACGGUUGUUGUUAUUCUCUGACCCUGAGGGACAUGACUGUUGGACCGAUGAGAUAUGAGCGAGCCCAUCGUGGUCUCUUCGGAGGACGAAGGGGAAGCGAUCCCGAGUUUUCCCGGUGAAGUGAUCACGAUCAGCUCGGACGAGGAGGCGUUCGAGAAGCCGAGCUUUACCCCGCGGAGCCGCCGGCGUGCCCCAGCACGCUCGCGCUCGCCCCGGAUCAGUUCCCGACGCAGCGCCAAACAUCGUGCGAGGACUCAGGUGUUUCUUGUCGCCGAUGAUCCCAUCUACAUCUCAGAAGACGAAGAUACCAGUGAUGAUCGCGCAGGAGGCGGCAGGAAGGCUGACACUGCAGUUUCAGGUCUCUCGUCCACCAGAACUUGUGCCAGUCCGGUUGUCAAGACAGAAGAUGGAGCUACAGAUCAUCAGGCACUUGUGAAUGGAACUUCGGCCAGCCCCCCACUAGCUGUUCCCAGCACGUGUCUAUCAACUUUGAAAGAAGAGAGUGAUGACAUUGACAGUUGCAAAUCAGAGAGUGUAGACAGAAAACCUGCCAUGGGGAACAGCACAAGCAGCUCCGGACCAGACGCAGUGUCUGGAGAGCUGGAGGACAGAACAGUUAGUUACCAUGACAACCGGGUAACCUGUCAGGUGGAGCCUGGUCUCCCAGACCCUGACCAAGGAUUGCAGGAGUUUGCACAGUUUGACAUGACUGAGGAUGAGGCCCUCAGCAUUGCCAUUCAAAGGUCUCUGGCAGAUUCCCUUCAAAACAGGGACAGUUGCCAAGAGUCUGAUGAUGACCCUGACCUCGCCAAAGCCAUCGCUCUGUCAAGGGCAGAACAGCAGACUUCCCAAGGUCAUGGUGACAUCAUGGAGGCUGGAGUAGCAGGGCCAAGUGGAGUUCCUAACUGUAGUAACACGUUCAUCACUUCAUCCUCUCAGUCCUCAUCAGACAGUGCUAUAUGGGAACACAUCACAAAACCUAAGGUAGAAACACCUUCAAGGCAUAUGGAAGAUGAUGAAGACGUCCCAAUGCAGUCAUUGUGCAAUCCUGAUGCACCUGUAUCACCCUACUUGAACCAAAGUACAGCCAAGAGUGUCCUCGGCAAUGACCUUACCUUCACCUCCCCAAAGAAAGGCAAGGGGAAGGGGAAAGGAAAGGGCAAAGGGUCAGCAAGUCCCAAGCUGUUGGAGUCUCCAGUGAAGAAGUUGUCUCAGGAAGAGGUGGAUGCAGACCUGGAGGUGGCUCUCGCCCUGUCACAGGCGGAGGCAGACACUCAGAAACAACUCCUGGAGGAGGAAGAGUUGAUACUACAGAGAGUUUGUGCAGAGUCAUUAAAGGACUUCAACAGGACCCGAGGUAUCAGCCAGCAGUUCCCCUCAGCUGUAGCCGGUCCAGUUCUUCAGCUGCCGAAUGGAACAGCCUGCUCCCCACACGGUAACAACUCCUCACACCUCCCGCCCGUUCCACUCCCACUGCAGGGCGGUUACAUAGGGACGUUCUCAUCCGUAUGCACCAAGUCUGUGAGCAGAACCUUGUCUGACAGCAGGAAAAGGUCUCUGUCAGGCUAUCUGUCAGAUGAGAGCCCAGCGAAAAGGGUGAACAUGACCAACAUUGAGUGUGGCGCAAAAGAUGUCUCCACACACAAACUAGCAAGCAGGACUCUGGCUAGCUCUUUUAAACUGUUGGAAAAGGCGAAAUCGAAGUCGCCAAGCAAGAGCAAGUCUGCCCGUGCAGGAUCUCCGGGCUUGCCCACUCCCACAAAACAGAAAAGUGGUAAAGGUACGAAGGUAGAGAACAGCCCAGUUGUGAAUGGUGCCCACGAAACCAUCAGGAUGAAGGACUGUCGUGUCACCCUGACGCGACUUACUGAAGAGGAAAUCGUGCGACAUAGCCCCAAGGCAAAGUUGAUCAAGAGGCAAAGAUUGUCGGAUUCCGACUCAAGUGACUGGGCAACGCCGAGAAAACGUCACAGGUCGGGGAAGAGAAAGCCCAUGGUCUUGUCAGAUGAUUCUGACACAGACAUCCCCGACGGGAGACGCAACACUAACGUAGUGGGAAACAACAACCCUACCAAGUCCUCAACUAGUACCUAUGCAUGUGGGGAAGCUAUUAAGAAGAGCAGAUGUCAGCUUUCCUUCGAAGAUCCUCUUAGUACAAAGGAGGUAGCAGUAGUAGUCAGUGAUGAUCACACUAGCAGUCGAGGCCAGGCAGAGUCAGAGGAGGACUCAAUUGUCGUCUCUGAUGACAGAAUAAGCUCCAAGGACAUGAGUGACGACGCACUGCCUGACCUAGAGUUGAUAUCCUACUACUGUCCGGCUCUGAAAGAAAGGUAUAGCAGUGAUGACUUGCCUGAUUUAGAGAUCAUAGAUGCUUACUUUCCAUCAGCUGGUGUGUCAGUUCCUGUUAUCAAGAAGGAGCCGUGCAGUGAAAGAAUCAGUGACAGCACAAGAAGCUGUGCAGAGUCUCCCGUGCAAUGGAGAAGGAAAAGUAGAAAAGUCAUCAGACCUAACAAACUGCAGACAUUCAUGACGGACUAUAAAGUACAGAGUGACAAUCAUGGUCCAUCAAAGUCAUCAAAGUCUCAGUCUUCUCUUAGGAAGAAGAAGAUGACAUUUGGUCCGCUUCGCUCCAACAUGCUGAACUCUUAUGAGGAAGCGGAAGAUUAUGACUCCUAUCUGAACCUGAUCAAGUCCUUUACCACCCCAAUGCGUGUAAACUCACCUGACACAACAAAGUUCAUCAUCGAGGGGAUCCUUCUGAAGAGUAGAAGUGAGACCAUCGCAUCAGAAGCGUUUCAGGUCCUUGAACAUGUCCAGAACUUGCACCCCUUUGAGGUUAAGUCAGAUGGCGCCAAAUGGUUCUGGACGCUCUUACAAACCCUGUGCAAGAAUCUUGGUCUCACGGAAGAAUCUGCUGCACCUUUGAAUGCUGUGUCUUUUUACAACAAUGCCCACGCUCUGCAAUACCUGGUGAAGUUGUGCGAGAGUGACCUCAGGAGACAUCUGAGGUCGAAGUCUCGGCAUCACUCCCUAGUGAGACAGUUCUCCUCAGACAGGCAUUACCAGCAAGUGGAGGAGCUUCUCAGGUGGACGGUGAACUCUGUAGGGCUGGAACACCGAACGAUCCCUGCCAACAGUUGCACUACGCCCAAGAAGAAGUCUCAGUCCUACCACAGGACUGGCCGUGCGGUCUCGUUCGGGAACGUCCAGCAGGCCAACGUGCCGUCGUGUUUACAGUCGCUACAGAAACUGCUGCUAUUGGUGGAAGAGGCCAGUGACAGUCCCUAUGACUGUCGAAAGAUGGGGAACGAGCUUCUCACCUCAUACAUCUGUUUGGCAAGACUAAGGGACUGUCGUCUGCUGCUCCAAACGAUGCAAGCUCACCAACUCAGGCUCUGGUUCCUGGAGGGGAUGUUCUAUAAUCAGUGCAAUGAGUUGUACCAGGGGCUGCCCAUCUCCCUCCAGAGGAUCACCAGUUGCUUCUUCAAGUGCCAGCCGCGAGCGCUGGCAGAGGUGGAGGAGGAAGGUGAGGACCAGAUGGGGGCCGUAAGGGAGGCCUGCGAGGAACUGGCCAUGCUGCUGUUCUCCAUCCUGCAGAGUUACACUAGGGUCAAGAUGGGUCAACACCACUCUACAUCUUCAGCUCCCAGAGCGGUGACCAAGCUUCUCCCAACAACCUCUACAUCCACACGGCUCAGCCUGUCAACAUCAGACCUACAGGCACUGGAGCACCUGCCAAAGGAAGUGGAGAACUUGAGGCUCCGCCUGGAAGACUUGUGCUCACCUCUGUCCAAAAGAACACACAACUACCUCCAGCAAAUGGUGGUCCUGGGGAAGUCUGUCCAGCAAAGGUGUAAGAAGAGAGACUGACUGAGUUAACAAUAGUCAGGAUGUUGCUCACGAACAAAUUAACAACAGUUGGUUGCUUGAGUUUUCAGUAAUGAGGAAUUUGAUGAAGGGACGAAAUGCAUCACAUAGCCAGUCAGAGAAAAACACUGCUUGCAAUGUCAAAAGUCAUAGGUGACUCUUGACAAAAGACAAUUCAGCUUUGUCUCACAGCAAGCAUGAAAAGUAUGUAGAUAUUAAACCACCUUUGAGAAUUUGCUCUGUUUUAAAUUUGCACUUUCACCAGGUUUAUGCUUCAGAAUUUUUUUAUGUGAUCCUGAUAGUUCAGUCUGUGGUGAAAAAUGUAACUCCAUCAGAAGAGCCAACAUUCCAAUACAAUGUAUCAGGAAACCCAAAUCAAAUCUAGAUCAGGCUGCAUGUGAUAUUGUUAACACACCUUGGGAAAGUUGAUGAGAGUAACAGACGUUGACUCUGUUUCAGAAGUUCAUGUACAUGUGUGUGUCUGUCAUUUAUUUUUUUUCAAACUUGCAUGAAAGAUCUAACAGCAAAAAGACUUCAGAACAGAAAUGAAUUGCUGUACAGGGUGACAGUUCAGGUGUACGAAAUGUAAACAGUGUGACAGGUCAUUCAGGUACAUUGUAUAUCAAAGUACAUGUAUACCCUAAACACUCACAAUAAUUGAAUUAAAUUAUUAUAUUCUUUACUGGGCAGAUAUGCAACAUGGUAGAAACAUUGCUGGUCAAUUACCAUGAUAUUAUAUAAUUUUGACUGAAGUAUUUUCAAAAUUAUUGUAUGCAUCUUUUCUUCAUUGCGCACAUGAAUGUAUGUUUAGAGUUUUGGUGAAGACGGUCAGAAAUGUUAUGCAAACAUUGUUGUAUAAGUGAGUUAUACUCUUCUAUACAGAUUGUUGCAGUGACAAAAUAUUACCAAAGUGUGCAAUUUCUGUCAGCUUUUUGAAAUCUACAAGUUCAUGAUAAAGCAAAUACCAUAUAGUAUGUUAAAGU